AUGGAAAUAAUUAAAACUCCUAAGGUAGAAAAUGUGAAAAUGCUCAACAAAUACAACAAUAACUAUUCCUCUGGAACAUUAUAUUUAACUGCUACUCACUUGAUAUUUGUAGGACCAGAUUGCAAAAAAGAAACUUGGAUUUUACAUAAUCAUAUAUACAAUGUUGAAAAGCUGCAGUUGACAACAUCUGGAUCGCCUUUACUGAUCAGAUGUAAAACAUUUCUUUCAGUUACUUUUGUAAUUCCAAAAGAAAGAGAUUGUUAUGAUGUAUAUAUCGCACUAUCUCAAUUAUCAAAACCAGCAAGUGUUAACGAACUUUACUGUUUUCAUUAUGCUUCAAGUACUGAAGACAUUCCAAAAUCUGCUGGUUGGAAUUUUUUUGAUUUAGUAUCAGAAUACCAAAGAAUGAGGGUUCCAAAUGAUGUUUGGAUUGCAACAGAUUUAAAUAUAAAUUUUGAACUUUGUGAAACUUAUCCGAGAUACCUUUGCGUUCCAGCAAGUGCCUCUCCCGGAAUUUUAAAGGGCUCCUCAAAUUUUCGCAGUAAAGGUCGAUUACCAGUUUUAUCGUAUUUGCACAAGAACAAAGCCGUUAUUUGUAGAUGCAGUCAACCUUUAUCAGGUUUUAGUGGUCGUUGCCCAAAAGAUGAAUCCAUGCUUAAUUCAAUUCUAAAAACGAACCCAAAUGCAUCUUAUAUGUAUGUCGUAGAUACACGACCAAGGAUAAACGCAAUGGCUAAUAGGGCAACCGGAAAGGGAUAUGAAAACGAAACAUUUUACGAAAAUAUUAAAUUUCACUUUUUAGGCAUUGAAAACAUUCACGUAAUGAGAUCGAGUUUAUCGAAAUUAAUCGAAACUUGCGAAUUAAAAUGUUCCACCAUGAGUAAUUUUAUAAAAGGUCUCGAAUCAAGUGGUUGGCUUAAGCAUAUACAAGCCAUUUUAGACACCUCCUUGUUCAUAGCUCAAGCAGUAGAAAAUGGAGUCAGCGUGGUUGUACAUUGCUCCGAUGGAUGGGAUAGAACAGCCCAAGUUUGCUCCGUAGCUUCUCUAUUGUUAGAUCCAUAUUACAGAACAAUAAAUGGCUAUCAGGCCCUAAUAGAAAAAGACUGGCUAGCGUUCGGACACAAAUUUUCCGACAGGUUCGGUCAUUUAAAUGGAGAUUCCAAAGAAGUUUCUCCCAUACUGACGCAAUUCAUUGAUGCCACUUGGCAAAUUUGGAACGCAUUUCCUCAUUCCUUUCAAUUCAAUGAAAAAUUUUUACUAACCAUACACGAUCAUGCUACUUCGUGUCAAUUCGGAACAUUUUUAGGAAAUUGUGAAAAAGAAAGAGCAGAUCUUAGGGUAAAAGAAAAAACAUUUUCUUUGUGGGGUUACAUGGCCAAUCACGUUCACGAGUACGUUAAUCCAUUAUAUUGUGCUGAUGACAAUUCUGAAUUUCUCGUACCUAACACUGCUUCGCAAAAUAUCAAAUUUUGGAGAGAAAUGUAUUGUCGAUUCGAAAGUGGCGUCCAUCCCAGAGAACCCAUCAAGGAAAUCCUUCACGCCUCUGCUGAUCACUCGACUGCUUUGAAAGACCACAUAAACUUGUUGCAAUGCCGAAUCGCGCAAUUAGAAAAAUUACUGGGACAUUCAAAAAGUAAUCACGAGUUUAAUACUUUAAAUAAAACAUCGUCAACGAUGAAAAAUUUAGAAAACGAUAUUAAAAAUUCGUUAAAAUUAAACGAACCGCCAUCUUCACCACCACUUGAAAAAACCGCGGAAUCGAAAUCGGAUAUCGAUUUGAAAUCAUUUAAAAAUAACAACAUUGACGUAAUAACUCCAAUAUCGUCGGAAAUAUUGAAAAAUGAAAUGGAGUCAGUGGCACUAGAAUGGAAAACGUUUAGAAAUAUCGUCGAGUGCAGUUGCAUGACUCCGUUCGAUCAUUCUUCAAGAAAAAGUCACUGUUGGAAAUGUGGGGGCCUUUUUUGCACGAGAUGUAUCGAUAAAAUGAUUACUCUUCCAGGUUUGUCAUUGAAAAGACCUGUACCAGUUUGCAGGCAAUGUUUUAAUAUCGUUAAAGAAUAUUCAAAUUGA